AUGACCCUCAGGGCGAGUUCCCGAAUGGAUUCUCGCAAGGUGCCCAAGAACAGGCAUAUUGAUCUGCUCAAGGGCUGGCCACAUCCCAGUCUCCUGCCCCCCCGUCAGCUGGAUCAGGCUUCCGCGCAUAUACUAUCCAAUCCGUCCAAUUCGGAUGUGUUGUUUUAUGGUCCAGACGAAGGCUAUCAGCCUCUGAGAGAGGAAAUUGCGAAAUGGCUCAAUAAUUUUUACAGACCGAGCGAGACAGUCUCGAGCGAGAGGAUAUGUGUCAGUGGCGGUGCCAGCCAGAACCUAGCGUGUAUUUUGCAGACGUUCACGGACCCGAUUUAUACUCGAAAUGUGUGGAUGGUGGCCCCGACAUAUUAUCUGGCCUGCAGAAUCUUUAACGAUUCUGGUUUCGACAACAAGUUAAGAGCUGUGCCAGAGGAUGCUGAAGGUAUCGACCUCGACUACCUGGAUCGAGGUCUUCGAGAAAGUGAGAAGCGGGCACGUGCCGACAACAACACCUCACCUCGAAUUAAAUCACCGAAACCAUGGAGAAAGAUAUAUAAACAUAUUAUCUAUGCGGUCCCGACCUUUGCCAAUCCUUCAGGUCGAAUUAUGAGUUUGGGUCAUCGGCGGGAUUUGGUUCGCCUGGCUCGGCAAUACGAUGCUCUCAUCGUGACGGACGACGUCUAUGACAUGCUUCAGUGGCCUUCCGAUCCCAAGGUCGGGUCUCGCAGGAUGAACACAGCUGUCCUGCCACGGAUAGUGGACAUUGAUCUGCAACUCGAUGGCGGGGUGAUUGAUGAAUUUGGGCAUGCAGUGAGUAACGGAAGUUUCAGCAAAAUAGUUGCACCCGGUUGUCGAACAGGAUGGGCCGAAGGUACUCCAGCGCUCGUGUAUGGUCUUUCGCAAACAGGGUCAAGUCGGUCUGGAGGUGCGCCUUCUCACCUGGUUGCUUCCUUCAUUUACCAGAUGCUGGCCACAGGGGUUUUGCAAAACCACAUCCUGCAGGAAUUGCAGCCAGCUUAUGCCAACCGAUAUCAUCUAAUGAUGCGAGCAGUUGAGCAGCACCUCUUGCCAUUAGGCCUGACCAUGCCUCAAGCGAACAAGGAUGUUGCGGGAGGGUACUUCAUCUGGUUGACCUUGCCCGGAUCUUUGAACUCGACACGCAUCUACAAACGGGCAUCGGAAGAAGCAAAUUUGACUGUAAUUGCGGGACCCAUGUUCAAGGUGGAUGGAGACGAACCAAACAAGGCGACAGGCUUUGAGCAGGAUAUCCGUUUGUGCUAUGCGUGGGAAGACUUGGAUGUCCUCGAGGAAGGCGUGAUUCGAUUGGCUCAGGUGAUUGAACACGAGAUGGAAGUAAACAGGUCAAGUGGAGGAUGA